CAAUCGUUCACACCGCGGCCGAGCGAAGGCCUGAUGUUGUAGAAAAAAAUAGAGAAGUUGCUUUCGAGCUCAAUGUAAAUGUUCCGGAACAUCUCGCCACACUUUCGAAAAUCCAUAACUUUUCAUUAAUUUAUAUCUCUACGGACUAUGUAUUUGAUGGAAAAAAUCCACCUUAUGGUGUGGAUGACAAACCGAAUCCAUUGAAUUCUUAUGGUGAAACCAAAUACAGAGGUGAACUCGCAGUUCAAAAUGUUAGCCCGAAAGCUAUCAUCCUACGAGUUCCAAUUUUGUAUGGUGAAGUGGAAUAUCCCGAUGAAUCAGCUGUUAAUGUUCUAGUGGAAUCAGUGAAAAAUUCUUCAAAAACAAUAGAAAUGGAUCAUUAUGCGAUUAGAUACCCUACAAACGUCCAAGAUGUGGCUAGAGUUAUCAGGGAUAUAUUAGAAAAACCGAAUUUUCCGAAUUCUGGAGUGUUCCAUUUCAGCGCCAAUGAGAAUUUAACAAA